AUGCCAGCAAUGGAAUUGGAUUCGGAAGCGUUUGUGGAGGUGGAUCCGAGCGGCAGAUCUCAAUUGCAGCAACGUCUUCAUCAAUGGCAAUAUCAGCGAGUUGGUAAGAGCCAUUAUGCACAUUCAAUACUGGGGACACCUGAAUUCAUGGCUCCUGAGCUGUACGAGGAGGAUUACACGGAACUGAAUUUACAAGAAGGUGACAUUGAGAAAAAGCCCUUCAUCGAGGCGUUGAGCCAACUAUUUUUCUCUACAGAACCAGAUAAUUUCUGCCUCAUUCAUGUUAGCCUUGUACCAGUUCUUGGUGUUGUUGGGGAACAGAAAACUAAGCCUACACAUCACAAUGUCCGGGAACUGCGAGCUUUAGGCCUAACCCCUCACUUUUUAGCAUGUCGUUCAGCUCAGCCAUUGUUGGAAAACACAAAGCAGAAACUCUCACAAUUUUGUCAUGUACCUGCUACCAACAUUCUUAAUAUACAUGAAACAGCCAGAACUACUACGGUGAAGAUUACAAUGGUUGGGAAAUAUGUUGGCGUAACUGACUCCUAUUUGUCUGUUGUUAAGGUUGAUGAAGAUGACUAUUAUCAUUGGAGAUUCAAGAAAGGGAAUAUCUUGAAAUUUUCGCAUGAUUAUGUUGCCACAAAAUCACAAUUAGCUUAA